CAAUGGUACAAAAGACCAUGCAGCGGACCUUCAAGAGCACCGCCAAUCUCGCCAACCUCCUUCCCACGGGCACGGUCCUCACCUUCCAAGUCCUGUCCCCCACCUGCACCAACCUCGGCCGCUGCACCGGUGUCAACCGGACCGCGACCGCAUGCCUCGUGGCCCUCUGCGGUCUGUCAUGCUUCAUCCUAAACUUCACCGACAGCUUCCAUGAUCCGGAGGCCGCCGAGGGGAAGGUGCACUAUGGGCUGGCCACCUUCAGGGGCCUGUGGGUCUUCGAUGACGCCGUGCCUCGUGAACCGGACAAGUUUCGAAUAGGGUUCAGGGACUUUGUCCAUGCUUUUAUGUCGGUGUUGGUCUUCAUGGCGGUGGUCCUGUGUGAAAAGAGCGUGGUCUCGUGUUUCUACCCGUUCCGCUCGGAGAAUAUGGAGCAGCUGCUCGCCAUGCUGCCGGUUGCGAUCGGAGUGCUGGGGAGUGCGCUGUUUGUUGUUUUGCCAACCACCCGCCAUGGAAUCGGCUUCCCACAAUCUCCUCCUCCUUGAUGCUUUUGUCUUGAUUUAUGGACGAACCCAUGCAUCUUUCCGAUUGUUCAAACUAUGUAAGCAGUUGAUGCAUAGGUAAUUAGCUAGUGUUUUUUUUUUUUUGGCAGUAAAGUACUACGGAUCUGUACACAAUGUAAAGGGUAUUGGAGUUGGACUCGUAAGUUGGCGGUUCUGCUGAGGUU